UCGAACAUUUAGUAACAAUACGCGAAUGUAAAUGUUUGCGAUUCGUGCGCUAUGUCGUUAACGCGCUCUGAGUCAGUAAUAUCUUCUAAUAAACCCUUAAUCGUCGGCUGUCUGGAUGAGAGAAAAUGGUGGAUGUUUUUGUUAUCUUCUAUUGGUACCUUUCUUGUGGGGAUAAUACUGAUUCUUUUAUGGAGGUCUGUGGUUUACCUGUGUUCUUUGUGGUUUACAAGAAAUGAUGUGACUUUGGUACCGAAUACAAUCGAAUCAAACGAAAACCCGGUGGUUCCUAUAGAAACUAAUUUUAUUAGUAGAUUUAGAGCUAAUUCUAAAUAUGUGGCAAGAGAGUUGAUGUCAGUGCAGAAUAUCGUGGGACAAAUCUUGGUUGUCCUAGUGUUCAUCUUAAGCAUAGCUUCAUUAAUAAUUUACUUCAUAGAUGCCUCGAACGAUGGAGUUGAGCGUUGCCAAGAAUGGAGCGACAAUAUUACUCAACAAAUCGACCUUGCCUUCAACAUAUUUUUUAUGGUCUACUUUUUUAUAAGAUUUAUAGCAGCAAGCGACAAACUAUGGUUCAUGCUGGAGAUGUACUCAUUUGUAGAUUACUUCACCAUCCCGCCGUCUUUUGUUUCGAUAUAUUUGGAUCGAACAUGGAUCGGUCUUCGGUUUUUGCGAGCUCUCCGUUUGAUGACCGUUCCAGACAUUCUUCAAUACUUAAACAUUUUGAAAACCUCUAGUUCCAUACGUUUAGCUCAAUUGGUAUCUAUUUUUAUAUCCGUAUGGUUGACUGCUGCUGGAAUUAUACAUUUGUUGGAGAACUCUGGAGAUCCAUUAGAUUUUGAUAAUCCACAUGCUUUACCAUAUUGGACCUGCGUAUAUUUUCUAAUAGUCACCAUGUCGACAGUAGGAUAUGGUGACGUCUAUUGCCACACCGUUCUAGGAAGGACAUUUUUAGUUUUUUUCCUAUUGGUUGGUUUGGCAAUAUUCGCGAGUUGUAUCCCUGAAAUCAUUGACUUGAUUGGGACUAGACCGAAAUAUGGUGGCACCUUGAAGAACGAGAGAGGUCGAAGGCACAUUGUCGUUUGUGGACACAUCACAUAUGAAUCGGUGUCACAUUUUUUGAAAGAUUUUCUGCACGAAGAUCGGGAAGAUGUGGACGUAGAAGUCGUUUUUUUGCAUAGGAAACCGCCGGACCUAGAGCUGGAAGGUCUUUUCAAGAGACAUUUCACUACAGUAGAAUUCUUCCAAGGUACCAUAAUGAACCCUAUAGAUCUGCAAAGGGUCAAGGUACAUGAAGCAGACGCCUGUCUAGUUCUUGCCAAUAAGUAUUGCCAGGAUCCAGAUGCAGAGGACGCUGCUAACAUUAUGAGAGUAAUUUCAAUAAAAAAUUAUAGUGACGAUAUUAGGGUGAUUAUUCAAUUAAUGCAAUAUCAUAAUAAGGCUUAUUUACUCAACAUUCCUUCGUGGGACUGGAAGCAAGGCGAUGACGUCAUCUGUUUAGCAGAACUUAAGUUAGGUUUUAUUGCUCAAUCCUGUUUGGCGCCAGGUUUUUCAACCAUGAUGGCAAAUCUUUUCGCUAUGCGUUCCUUUAAAACGUCACCGGAUACUCAAGUUUGGCAAAACGACUAUCUUCAAGGUACAGGAUGUGAAAUGUACACCGAAACAUUGUCUACUUCGUUUACAGGAAUGUCUUUUACACAAGCUAGCGAGUUAUGUUUUACUAAACUCAAACUUCUUUUACUUGCGAUCGAGGUCAGGGGAAUCGAAGGUGCCGAUACCAAAAUUUCGAUAAAUCCAAGAGGUGCAAAAAUUGUUGCCAAUACUCAGGGUUUUUUUAUAGCACAGUCUGCAGAUGAAGUAAAGAGGGCUUGGUAUUAUUGUAAAGCUUGCCACGAAGAUAUCAAGGACGAAACUUUAAUAAAGAAAUGCAAAUGCAAAAACUUUACAGCAUACAAAUUUUCAAUUUGGAAUAUGAAGAAAACGAUAAAAAAAUGUAGUGGGCCGACUGACUUUACAUUUACAGAUGACCAUCAUCCUGCUCCUACUUUUACACCGCCAGAGUUACCCAAGAGAGCUCAAAAUCAAGUGGCACAGAGGAAUCUCAAUCAUCGAAAUAGUACAAUAAAUGUUCCCAAUAUGCUUAAUUCUACAAAGCAAGUAAAUAAAGUGAAACCUAACGUUGCAAGAGCAAAUGAAAAUAAUGUAGCUUCACCUGAAUAUAAUUCCAGACCACCAGAGCAAGAGGCUACAUCUUAUGCCGGCUAUCACCUAGCCUAUGAAGUGAAAAAACUCAUGCCAACAAGUAGAAGCAGCGGAGGAAAUAACCAAAACAACAACGGCGUCGCUUUGCCAGUAGGCUUAGCCGAUGAUCAAGCGAAGGAUUUCGAUUUCGAAAAAACGGAAAUGAAAUAUGACAGCACCGGAAUGUUUCAUUGGGGACCUGCGAAAAAUUUAGAAGACUGUAUAUUGGACAGAAACCAAGCAGCUAUGACUGUUCUAAAUGGACACGUUGUUGUAUGUCUGUUUGCUGAUCCAGAUUCUCCCUUAAUUGGGCUUAGGAAUUUAGUAAUGCCACUGAGAGCUAGUAAUUUUCAUUAUCACGAAUUAAAACACGUCGUGAUAGUAGGCUCAGUCGACUACAUCCGAAGAGAAUGGAAGAUGUUGCAGAAUUUACCAAAAAUUUCUGUUUUAAAUGGUUCUCCACUAAGUAGAGCAGACCUUCGCGCUGUCAACGUCAACCUUUGUGAUAUGUGCUGUAUUCUCUCAGCUAAAGUGCCAAGCAAUGAUGAUCCAACGUUAGCUGAUAAAGAAGCUAUUUUAGCAUCUCUAAACAUCAAAGCAAUGACUUUUGAUGACACGAUUGGUGUGUUGAGUCAAGCGAAUGGAACUGCUGAAGCUGGUACUCCCGUUGGUAGUCCCAUCAUAUUACAACGCAGAGGUUCAGUGUAUGGAGCUAAUGUUCCGAUGAUUACAGAGCUAGUUAAUGACAGUAACGUUCAAUUUUUGGACCAAGAUGACGAUGAUGAUCCUGAUACUGAGCUGUACUUAACGCAGCCUUUUGCUUGUGGUACAGCGUUUGCCGUCAGUGUUUUAGAUUCUCUAAUGUCGACGACUUACUUCAAUCAAAAUGCCUUAACUUUAAUUAGAUCUUUAAUAACUGGUGGAGCUACACCUGAACUUGAAUUAAUUCUUGCUGAAGGAGCAGGACUUCGAGGAGGAUAUAGCACUAGUGAUAGUUUAUCAAAUAGAGACCGAUGCAGAGUUGGUCAAAUAUCCUUAUACGACGGUCCUUUGGCACAAUUCGGCGAAACCGGAAAAUAUGGUGAUUUAUUUGUAAACGCACUCAAACAAUUUGGAAUGUUGUGUAUAGGACUGUACAGAUUCAGGGACACUAGUUCCUCUUGUGAUGCUAGUAGUAAAAGAUAUGUGAUAACUAAUCCGCCGGAUGAUUUUCAUUUGUUACCUACGGAUCAAGUAUUUGUUCUAAUGCAAUUCGAUCCAGGCAUGGAAUACAAACAAGUUAGGAAUCGAAUGGCUGCCGGCCAAGGCUGCGGUACCGGCGGCGGUGGAACCAAUAAAGAUGAAAAUUCCUGACUGCUGCUUUGCAGCGCCCUCACGGACGGCCCGUACUCAUAUAUAUAGUAGUAAAUGUUACUUUUGCUACCUAUUUUAAAAUCUGAAUUCGCUCAAUGCAGAAAUUAUUUCUAUAUUGAAUCGUGUAAAUACGUAAAAGUUUUUUCGAUAUAGAAGAAUUUCUGGAUUAAGACGUUGUACUGUGUUAAAACGGUGUCUUGAGUGCUUUAAACAUUCGAUAUCCAAGAAUGCUGAAACGAACUUUUACUUUGGUUACUGAAACAGUCUUAUCAGCUAUCACCAUAUUUCUAUAUAAAUAGUAUCAUUUCUGCAGUAAAGUCGUACAGGAUGUAAUUUUUUCAGUGGUUUACGAAUAUGAUGAUACGAAAAUACAAAUUAGUAGCUUUAUUACGGUUUAGAUCAAAAUAGACUAAAGGAACAAUUUUUGUUUAGAAUUUUCGUCUGUUUUUCAAAAAACGUUUUAUCCAAAAAAUGGUUAGUUACUUUUUUAGCUAAAAUUAAUUAUAAACUACCUAUGGAAGGUCAAAUUUUGUUAAGAAAAAACUUCCUAUCCUGAUAAUAAUUCAACAAACUUUUUUAAAACGAAGUGUAAGGUGUCUUCCUGCCUCUAAGAAACUAUAAACCUUACAAGUGACGUCUUAGACUUGAAACACUCAGACGCCAGUGGUUUGCUCCAGAUUCUUUUGAGGUGGAGAUACAGAAAAAUUCCAAAGGUCACAUAGAUAUCUGACUAACAAUAAGAGAAGCUGAAAAGAGAGAAAGGUAAGGUAAGAUACUAUACGCUAAAAAACUGAAAAAAAAAACCUCGUUCGACUUUACGACAUAAGCGAGACCAUUUUUCCCCCUAGCUGUUAGACUAUACAUUCUUAAACAGUUUGACCACUGAUGCUGCCAACGACAUACAAUUUCUACAAUUAGGUUUUGGUUUUUAUAAUUUAUUACGGACUUAUAGAAGCAAUGAUGUUGGUCACUGUUUACUGACGGUAUGUUUCGAUAUAGAUAAGUAAUUUUAAUGUAUAAUAAACGUGAUAAAAAUGUGCUUUUUACGCUACCUUUAUUGAUUUAUAAGUAGUUAAAUUAGUGUAAGAUCCACCCAGACUGUUAAUGUGUAAAUAAAAACUUUAUAAUACUAAUCCAAGUGCGGUAAUGUCAACUUUAUGGAUGAGUUGCGUGGUAACCAAAGUGGAAUAAAAGUCCAAAUGAAUAUUUUUAAAAAUGACGAUUUAUAAAUCUCUGAUAACUAUUUAUAAAGCUGUGGUACAUUUUUAAAAGCACUUAGACUUUUAUAUUUAACAGGGAUGUAUUCGUUGUCAAUUUUUUUUAUAAAAAAAACAAUAUAGGAUGGAAAUGUAAAUAAUAUUCUUAUUAUUUCGUUUUAAAUUAAUUUAGGUAUAUUAGAAAACGUACUGAAAUAGUAAAACGUUCCUAUUAAAGGAUUUUUCAUAGGAAGAUAAAUGUUUUUUUACUUGACUUGUAUUUUGAUUUCUUUAGUCCUAGAUAUACGAGGUUUGUCAAAAAACAUGUUCCUUUAUUUUUGACAAGAUUAAAAAUAGUUGUAAAGAAAAGUUUAAUGUAUACAAAAGAAAAACUUUUUAUGUUCUCGUUGUCAGGGUAUUAACUUUGAAAUGCUGAUUUAUUUUUUGUACCUACAAUUUAAAAAUAAUUCAUUUUAGGCAGAUUGCUUGUGCGAGAAAUGAUUUAAGUCUAUGUUUUUUAUACUAAGUGGAUAAAAAAAUGAUUUCAAAUAAGCAAAAAUCUACCUUUCCAUCCUAUUCCAUUUAGAUAUGUAUGUAACUAAGGAUAGGUACCAAAAUACUUAUUUUUAAAUAAAAUAGAAUCGAGUACUAUAUUGGAUUAACACAUUAGUAUUGCCUGUUAAAUACGUUAAUAAAACUAACAAUUUUUAGGAUCUGUAUAGGUAAUAAAACAGUUUUCGUUUCAAUGUACCAAAAACUAGUUCCAAACUAUUCCAAUUUAUCAAGUAUUACUAAUAAACUAACUUUUAUAACUUCUUUUAGACUAAAUGGAAUAUUUCGCUGGCAAUACUUUUGAUGUUAUCCUGUAGAAUUGGGUAGUUCUCGUUAAAUAAAAUAUUUUAUUACAUUUUCUCGUUUUUAAUUAUAUAUUUUUAUGUUUAUAUUAACUUAUUAUAUUAUGGAUAAGAAUUAUUUUGUCAUCUAUAAAUAUCUUUUUCUUUUUUUAGCUAUCAUCUUAAAGUACAGUGUGGUACACAUUUAUUAAUUAAUCUUUUUUUACAUAUAUAAUUACUCUUAUUAACUCCCUAACGAGUGAAUUUUAACCUCAAAAGCUACUCUUGUCCGGGGAAGGGACGGCGAGGAAAACUCGGAAAAAUAUGCAAACAAGGUCGCUACAUUUAUAAUAAAUAUGAAAAUUUGAAUACAAAAGUAGAUGAUCAAAGAGAGGGCUGAAGGGUUACUUCCAAAAGUCACCGCUAGAUGGCGCCUUCUGUCGGUGUUGAUAAUUGAAAUUUGGAUAAGUGGUUUGUGACUCGGCUAAGCGGGUAUAGAUUAACGUUAAAGAAAAAAUCAUGCGAGAAACGAGAAAAACGGCGUUGUGAAGGAGACGUGGUAUAGAUUAACGCUGAAGAGAAAAAUCAUGCGCAAUGGCAUUAUUAUUGGUCCAAUUCAAAUAGGAAAAACAGUACUGUAUAGGAGACGUGGCAUAAAUUAACAUGUCUCGUAGGUUAGUCUGCGCAUGCCUGUAAUUUUUGAAUAUGACAUUCUAAUAAUGAAUCUAUCAAUUAAACGUCAUUUUAAAGUAAUGGCGAGCUAAAAAGACUAAUAUAUGUCAAAUGAAACGGUAGAAUGUAAGGAUCUUGUACGUUAAUGCUAGUUUCAACAACACUUCAUUGAAACUGCGAGAAAUCACUAAGACAAGGCUUAAAAUGACUGAAAAUCAAAAAUAAAUACUUAUUCCGUAAUACUGAUGCUACAUGUUUUUGGAAUCGGUACAAAUCUUACAAAUCGAUAUUGCGCAUGCGUGAAAAGAGAUUAGACGCGAUAAAGGAAAUUUAUAUAUUAAUGGAUUCAUUUAGAAUUUUUAAAAUGACAGAUUCAUUAUUAGCAUAUCGUAUACACAUUGAAAAAUUACAGGCAUGCGCAGACUAACAUACGAGACAUGUUGUUCACCUGAAUGAAGGCAUUUCAGCCUAUUCAUCGCUAAACUAUCCAACCUAAGCGUCAUUUGUGAAAAGUCAUCUAAACUAACGCUGAAGAAGCCACUGGAAAUUCGAUGAACUGGAGGAGGCCCUAGUGAGGAGUGCGAAGCCUCUGGAGAUGAAGAAGAUAGCGAUGGCUUUGUUACUGCGCGUGAUUGUUUUCUUUAACGUCGUCUGCUUUAUAGUACUUUUUUUCUGUUUGAAUUGGAUCAAUAACAAUGAAGAUACAGAAUUAGGUCCCCUUUCCAUUGUCAUCUCGCAAGAUUUUUCUCUAUAACGUUAAUCUAUACCACAUCUCCUUCACAUUUCCGUUUUUCCCGUUUGAAUCUGACCAAUACCAACGGAAAUUAUAACUAAUACCUUUUUGGCUUUACCAUUGCGCAUGAUUUUUCUUUUUAACGUUAAUAUAUACCCAUUCACGUAUACGAUUGCAGUAAUCUUGGAUCGAAUACACAAGUCGCAAACUACUUAUUCUCAACACUAACAGGUGGCGCCAUCUAGCGGUGACUUUUGGUAGUAGCGCUCCAGCUCUCUCUUUGAUCAUCUACUUACAAAUAAAGUUAAACGAAAUCUUAUAAACGAAAACUACCAAAAUUUUCUUUAACAAUAUUUGUUAAUAACAAAGUUAAUAUUUUUUACGCCAAAUUCCGAACACUGGCAACAUUGGUAAUGCAAAGUAAAAGUUUAUUGGUUAAAAAUAAUAGCAUUUUUUUUAUAUUCUGUACAUAAAAAAAAAAUUAAGAUUAGUUGAUAAAUGUGUAUUUUACAGAGCUGCUCUACUAGUAAAUGGGCCACACUAUAUAUUCUAAAGCAUAUUGUAGACUUUAUUGUUUACUUGUCUUAAUAAAUCAAAAUUUUUCUUGAGUUACUUCUGUCUGUCCUUUGCUAUUCUUUCCAUUUUGUCCAGUCUCAUUUCUUUCUGUAUUUCUAUCUUAGUUGUUGUCUUUAUUUAUCCUUGGUUUACCUUUAUUUCAUCCUCCAAUUAUUUAAAUCAAUAUUUUUAUUGGUUCCCAUUCUCACUACGUCUGUUCCACGCUAAUUGUUUAAGUUUUGACAUUUUUCUUUAAUGGUUCUUUGAUCAAUCUUAAUCAAAUUUCUUUAUCUCUAUCACCACUCCACUUCAUGUUUCCAUCUUUUCUUCGUAAUUCCUUUUAAUUGAUAUUGAUAUACUGGUUAUAUUUCAUCAGAUUCUAUUAUUACAAUGUUAACGGUUUAAUUUUGACUAUUGCUUCGGCCAAAAAUCACGAAACUUUCAGUGAGUCAAAGCACAAUUAACAUAAGGCUUCUUGGACAACAAUGCAGUGUAUCAUUUUGUUUUAAAAGUCCUUUAAAUAUAAUUUCAGUUUUCAUUAUAACUCUGGCCCCAUUCACGAACAUUUAUCAAAUUCCCAUGGUCUGAAACCACUUUAUUUAGAGCUCUAAAAAUAUCUAUAGGUACCCCUGGUUGUACCAUGGAGAUCAAUUCCUAUAACACAGUAAAACAUUGAGUGAUAUCCAGUUCAGAACAUGAUCAAACAUUAUGUCAAUAGAAAACUAUUGAAAUAACAUGGUAUUAUGUAAAUUUACUUGUAUGAGUACCCAUAAAAACAAAAUAAUUCUGAGAUUGUAAUUUCCACUUUAUCCUCAUGAAGCAUUACAUGCCACACUUCAGGCAAAUGCUGCAUUAGAUCCUUAUAGUAUAACCCGAGAAUACCGAUCAAGGAGAAGCGACAGUAGCUGUCGGUGCCUUUGAUAUCGGAUGGACCUUUUUCACAGCAUGAUUUUGAUUGAUACACAACUUAGCACGCUGAGAAAACAUGCUUAUUUUCUACACUGAGCGAAAUAGUUUGGCAAAUUAUCUGAAAUCAUUGCUAUAGUCCAUGCGCAAAUGUUGUAAUGUGAUUUAAUUACAUUGAAGUAGUUAGGGUUAAUAGCAAUUAAUAAUCAUAUUAUUUACUGUUCGUAGUCCUUUGGAAAAGUAAAUAAACUUAAUCCUUGGCCUGUUUUGGACGAACGAGAACGGUAUGCACAAAAAUAUCCAGAUCCAACAUUCUAUUACAACAUAAAGAAACACCAAAAAAUAUCACUCAACAGCUCACAGACUAAACACAACUUGGACUGACUUUGACAGAUUAUAUGAUUUUGAGUGAUACACAACUUAGUUUCGCACAUGCGCGUAUCAAAACGGUACACUGAAAACACCAAGCUGUCGCUUCUCCAUGAUCGGUAUUCUCGGGUAUAACCUCAUUACUAAAAAACUUUACAUCUCCUUUCACUUUACCAUCAUUCAAAUAACAGGUGUUCGUUCAAUGUUCGUUCAAAUACCUAGUUCAGUAUAACUUGUUCCAUUUUAAAUAUUAUAACUUAGAAAUUGCCCCAGUUGUCUUUCAGAAGGGGAAACAUUUUCAUUCCAGAGAAUAUUCAGUUAGCUGAUCCCAAGUUCUAUUUCCAGUCUGAAGUAAAUAUUUUAUUAGUUGCCUGUGAUAACCGAAACCGUUAUACAAAUCCAGAAAAGCUUCUUGACUUUGGUUGAAACUUUUAAUAGUCUAAAUAAAAUCGUUAUAACAAUUAAUGUUGCUAUGCCAUUUAUUUUAAGAAUUGAUUUGAAUUACCCAAUACACUCUAAGCCUUCGUAGAUAAAUUAAUCUGAACUUUGUAUUAAUAAUGUUUCGCACCCGCCAUUCCGUCUCUUUUCCAGAUUUUUAAUGUAGGACCCAGCUUUUAAAGAUUGCUUUUUAUAAAAAAAAAUAUUUGUCUUUGUAUAUAAAAUUAAUGAAAUACACCAAAGAGUGGAAGACAUUGUUGACUUGUAUGGUUAUUUAGCUUAAAAAAAAAUGUAUGUAUUAUAUUAAGAUUGUUAUAAGUAGUAAGGCCAUAUUUUUAACUUUUAAAUAAUUUUUAUUGUUAUGCAAGAAUGUCUAAGAAUUUCGUACGGUUUUCAAGAUAAAUUUAAUGGUAACAUGUUUGAUUUUUUGUCUUCGAAAGUAAUUGAACCAUUAGUUUUACAAAAUUAUUAUCAAAACUCGUUUUGGAUAUAUCGACAUGUCAAAACAUGUUGGUACCCUGAAUAUUUUGAAAUCCCCUUAAAAUAUUGGUAAAAAUUUUAAAACUACAACCCUACUUUUGCUGGUAUCGCAGUUUUAUUUAUAAAAUCAGGCUAUACAGCUUCUACAUAAACUGGAUUAGACCGGUACUAUUGUUUCAUCGCUUCAUUGAUAACAUUCUCUAUUUUCUAUUGAACUCCUACUCUCUCUAGUCUUCAUAGUACCGUCUCUCUGCGCAAGUCAAUCGUCUACAAACAGUAGUACCAACUUAAAUCUAACAGUAAAUUUGAAAUUUUAAAAUAACCACUACAAUUUCUACCUGAUGUUUCAUAGUUCUUGAUGUCCAAUCUAUUAUUAUUAUUAUUAUUAUCAUCAUUAUUUGAGCUUUGAAUACUUUUAUUAAGUUUUCGUUUUUUAGAAUCUGGUCACUUCCAUUUACAUUGUGUUAUAUCUUUUAAAAUUUUUUGUUUUCUUUCCUCUUUAUUUGUUUAUUUAUAAUUAAGGUAUUGGAGAGUGAUUUAAUGUCGAAAUAUCUUUAAAAAGUUGUUAGUUAUUAAAUAUUAUUCCUUAAAACUUCGUGCACCUAAUCUUAUGACAUUCUUGUAAUAAGUUUCCCAAUUUAUAGUGCCCAACGAAUUUUUAGGUUUGGAAAAACGUCGACGCAUGUACAUUUUUUAUAUUAAAAAAGAUAUUUUUUGCAAUAAAUCAAUGUUUUUUAAUUCUUCGUAAUAAAUCUAGCAG